UGGAGCAGUAUAACAGACGGUGGGGGAGGGUCACGUGUGUACACAGUGUUGUGUGUCGGUGCUCAGCAGCACUCCUCCAGCAGUAGUAAAGUCUGCUACGGACGGCCCCCUUUCCAGAACAAGCCUCGUCCACCAAAAGUUGAUAGAUGAAGUAGUCAGUCUCCACCGGAACGCACUUUAACGCUCUUUUUUGCUAUUUCUAGGCUCUUUAAAGGAGCGCGUAAAGGAGCGCGUAAAGGAGCGCGUAAAGAGCGAAAGUACUCCAGGACGUGUGUUUGUGAUAAUGAAAGGAGUGAGAGAUGCCAGUGGAAAUGCUCCAUCCAGACCCAAUGCCUCCGUAGGUUUGUCACCGAGCCAGAUAUAUACGUUUCUGUCGGCCUGUUGAGAGACGUGACCUGUGUCGGAGCCCAGCGAUGUGGCUCUGCACGGUUUACAAUGAGACGGACACCAGCGUGGACUUCCGGCUCUGCCAGGACUUCGGCCUCAUCCUGUCAGUCCUCUCUCUCAUCUACCUCCUGGUGUGCUUCCCAUUGGGGCUGUGCUACAAUGUGCUGCUGGUCGUGGUCAACCUCUCCAACAAGGUGUCCAUGACCAUGCCGGAUGUUUAUUUCGUCAACAUGGCCAUCGCGGGCAUUGUGCUCAACCUGGUGGCACCUGUGGAGCUGCUGAGCUCCACCUUCACCCGCUGGCACGCGUGGGAGUACAACAACGAGGUCUACAUCACCCUGCUCAUCCUCUUCAACAUCUCCUCCCUGGUCAUCAUGUAUUCCACCACGCUGCUCAGUCUGGACUACUACAUAGAGCGAGCGCUGCCUCGUACGUACAUGUCCAGCGUGUAUAACACCAAACAUGUGUGCGGGUUCAUCUGGGGCGGCGCGGUGCUCACUAGCUUCUCUUCGCUGCUCUUCUACGUGUGCAACCACAUCUCCACGAAGAUGGUGGAGUGCUCCAAAAUGCAGAACAAGGAGGCGGCGGACGCCAUCAUGAUGUUCAUCGGCUACGUGGUUCCAGCCGUGGCUGUCCUUUACGCCUUUGUGCUCAUUUUGCGCAUUAGAAAGGAGUCCACGCCUCUGGACCAGGACUCGGCUCGCUUGGACCCUUCUAUCCACAGACUGCUUCUAGCCUCAGUCUGUGUACAGUUUGUACUGUGGACCCCGUACUACAUGACCCUGCUGGUACACACUAUAGCCGGUGCACCGGGUUACAUUAGCAACGCACAUUACUUGCCUACGUACUAUUUCUUGAGAUGUGUGUCUAAACUGCUGGCUUUCUCCAGCAGCUUUGCGAUGCCUCUCAUGUACAGGCAGAUGAACAAAAACUUCUCCAACAAGCUGCAGCGGCUGCUCAGGAGGCUGCACUGCAGAGACCAGUCCUGCCCUCAUGAACGCUCAACAGUGCAGCAAGUGGUGACGUGAGUUGAGAUGUCCCCCUGGGAGAUUACUGACGCCCCUCCCACUCCUUCCUUUCCAACCUCUUGGCGUAGCCGGCACUUAUCUCCCCCCCCCCUCCCUAUGGAGCCAGGAUCUGACUAGGCUCCCUCGCUGCUCUGGACUGUGUUAAGAGCGACAUAGCUGACUGUGGAAUUUCCUGUCACCUUCCAGGACUUGAUCUGAUCUCUCCAGUUCUGCAGCAGGGGAGGACAAACCAAGCAAAAACCACUAAGUGCUGUUAUUUUUUGUCACUGAGUGAAGCUCUCCACUAAAGACACUUGAGCUUCUAGUUUGUGGGCGGUAAAUUGGCACAAUCAGCUGAUAACUUCCCAGAGCAUGGUUUUCUCUGAGUUUCAAAUAUCCUGUUAGCAAGGGACUCCCAAUUGCAGUGGGUGCAGCUUCCCUCAUACGAGUGUGUUGUGAAUAUUCUGCUGACAGUGAGUCACAAUAUGCUACUAGAUGCAAUUUAAGUCCCAACUAGAAUAAUUAAUCAAUGAUGCUUCUUCCUAUCACACAAGCAGAACCAGCAAGCUUUAAUUAUCAAGUUAUUCUGUUUCUCAAUUAA